AUGUACUUGGAUAGCAAGGAUGAGAGCACGGUUCCCAGAAAACAAGAGAUGGAGCUGAAUCAGACAUCUCCUUCACCUCAUGGCAAUCUAUCUGCAAAGGGGGUGUCCAGCCCGGUGAGCAGAAGUUGCAACGAGCUGCGGCUGUUAAGAGAGUAUCACGGCAUGGUAGCAGCUCUCGGAGAGCCACAGGCGCCCUGUGAAAACACAGCAAUAGGGGAUGAUUGCUGCGUUGCACUAGGGAAGGAUUUCACUCCUCUCCCCAUGCAGGGAAGAUAUCACUUCAAUUUUUCCAAAUUAUUCAGCGCAAGGUCAAAAAACACUUGCUUUACAGAGAGGACACCAUUGCUGAAGGAUUCCUCAGAGGAAAAUGGAUUACGGUGCAUGGCUCUUCAUAAUCCAGAUUUUACCAUGGAUGAUGAUUCCUGGGAUAACAGCUCUGCAGAAUUUGAACAAAGGUUUCAGCUGGGAAGUGGAUUGACCAGUUUGUCCAGAUCUGCCUCUUCUGAGAGAUAUGAAAUCUUGGACAACCUCCAUGUAAAGUUCAAUUUAUCAAAGAUGAGAUGCUGUCUAAAAUUCCUAAAAGUUUCAGGCCUUUUUAUCUUUGUAGUUGUCUGCUCUAUUUUAUUUGGCAUCUAUCCAGAUCGAGGUGAGCCCUGGCAGAUGUUUGCUGUAUCACCUCUGGAAAGCUUCUCUAUGAAUCUUACAGACUUCCAUGAUUCUGCCCUGAUGAAAUUAGAAGUAGGAGGUCCCUUUGUAGCAGAUGUAGCUGGUCAGCAAACAGAGGAAUAUGUUGUGGUACAAAUCAGCCAGACUGAAGAUACUGGAUCAAGAAGGAGACGCCAGCAGCAGGUUGUGUACAACUGGUCACUACCCAUAAGUUCAAGAAGAAAUCAUCAAAUCAUCACAACUAGAACCUUUGAGAUACUGAACAGAGGCACCAUCUUUGUAAACAUUCAAGCUUUCCUACCAGAGCCGGGGAGUGUCCCUCUCUCUGUGAAGUACCAAUACCUGCAUGCAAGUAUAGAAACACAAGUAACAAUUGCAUCCAUCAUCUUAGGAGGUGUCUACGUCCUGAUUAUACUGGAAAUAGUUCACAGAACCCUUGCAGCGAUGUUGGGCUCUUUGGCUGCAUUAGCCGCUUUAGCUGUUGUUGGGGAGAGGCCAAGUAUGGUCAAAGUGGUAGAAUGGAUUGAUUAUGAGACACUGGCGCUGUUGUUUGGAAUGAUGAUUUUGGUGGCCAUAUUCUCAGAAACAGGAUUCUUUGAUUACUGUGCAGUAAAGGCCUAUCGGUUGUCUAGAGGCAAAGUGUGGGCCAUGAUUACCAUUCUGUGCCUUAUUGCUGCAAUUCUUUCUGCGUUUUUGGACAACGUCACCACAAUGCUGCUCUUUACUCCAGUUACCAUAAGACUAUGCGAAGUGCUUAAUCUUGAUCCUAGGCACGUCUUGAUUGCAGAAGUAAUCUUCACAAAUAUUGGAGGGGCUGCCACGGCUGUUGGGGAUCCUCCAAAUGUGAUUAUUGUUUCAAAGCAGGAGCUGAGGAAGGUGGGAUUGGACUUCGCAGCCUUCACAGGGCAUAUGUUUGUUGGCAUUUGCCUUGUUCUUCUGGUCUCCUUUCCUUUUCUCAGACUUCUUUACUGGAACAAAAAACUUUACAAUAAGGAACCAAGUGAAAUUGUUGAACUGAAACAUGAGAUCUACGUUUGGAGAUUGACUGCCCAGCGUAUUAACCCUGCCAGCAGAGAAGAGACAGCAGUGAAAUGCCUCCUGUUGCAGAAGGUCUUGACACUGGAGAUCCUCCUGAGGAAGAAGCUCAGGACCUUCCACAGGCAAAUUUCACAAGAAGAUAAAAACUGGGAAACAAAUAUUCAGGAACUUCAGAAAAAACACAGAAUAACAGACAAAAUUCUUCUCAUCAAAUGCCUGACUGUGUUGGGAUGUGUUAUUCUUAUGUUUUUUCUGAACUCCUUUGUUCCAGGCAUCCACCUGGAUCUUGGCUGGAUUGCCAUGUUGGGAGCUAUUUGGCUGCUUGUGUUAGCAGACAUCCAUGAUUUUGAGAUGAUAUUAAACAGAGUUGAAUGGGCAACGCUUCUUUUCUUUGCAGCAUUAUUUGUUCUCAUGGAGGCUUUGGCUAACCUGCACUUAAUAGACUAUAUAGGAGAGCAGACAGCUUUGUUAAUUAAGGUAGUGCCUGAGGAGCAGCGCCUGGCAGUUGCCAUCAUUUUAGUGCUCUGGGUGUCUGCUUUGGCCUCGUCUGUGAUUGACAAUAUUCCGUUCACGGCUACAAUGAUUCCUGUGCUUCUCAACCUGAGUAAAGAUCCUGAUGUUAACCUCCCUAUGAAGCCACUAAUCUUUUCAUUGGCCAUGGGUGCCUGCCUUGGAGGUAAUGGGACGUUGAUUGGAGCAUCUGCGAACGUUGUUUGUGCAGGAAUUGCUGAACAGCAUGGUUAUGGCUUCUCUUUCAUGGAGUUUUUCAGGUUGGGUUUCCCCAUGAUGACUGUGUCCUGCACCGUUGGGAUGUGCUAUCUCCUUGUUGCACAUGUUGUAGUAGGUUGGAACUCUUAGUAACUUACCCUUUCAAAACCCAAAGAAACUUUCCAUCUCA